CGGGAGUGACAGCUGGUGCCAUCCGCAGCUGGCAGGCUGCAGGCAAACAGGAUGACGAGCGGGUGACGGGGCGCGGGGAAGGGGGAGCGUGGCCUCGCACAGGGGCCGGCAGCCCCCGUUCUGCUGCGGGAGGGACGCCGGUGAGAAGGACCCCCGGCGAGGAGGGGAGCAUCACCCACCUCCCCAGGAGCAAAGGUGCGCUGGGUCCCCCCCACCCACCCCGGGGUCCCCCACGGACAGAGCGAGGAGCGGGGAUGGAGCAGGCGGGCAAGGAGAAGACAGCGGCCAUGGUUGUGGUGGGGUUUCCCUCUGAGGGAUGCAGGAGAAGAGUCCUUGCUGCCCAAGCACCGGAGCUGCUGGCUUAGCCCUCGGGGGUGAUGGCGAGCCGAACGGGGCUGAACACCACGGACAGCCUAGAGCUGCUCUCCGUCCCUGAACAGUCCGUCGCCCAGGAGGUGGUGGGCCUCCUUUGCAUGGUCCUGCUCACCCUCACCGCCCUGGUGGCCAACACUGUGGUGAUGGUCGUCAUUCUCAAAACCCCCCUUCUCAGGAAGUUCAUCUUCGUCUGCCACCUCUGUGUGGUCGACCUCCUCUCUGCCAUUUUCCUCAUGCCCCUGGGGAUCAUCUCCAGCUCCUCCUGCUUCAACAGGGUGAUCUACAGCAUUGCCGAGUGCCAGGCCUUGAUAUUCCUGAAUGUCUGCUUCAUCAGUGCCUCAAUCCUCACCAUCUCCAUCAUCAGUGUGGAGCGGUACUACUACAUUGUCCACCCCAUGAGGUAUGAGGUCAAGAUGACCAUCAGGCUCGCAGUAGCCGGAGUGAUCUUCAUUUGGGUCAAGUCUGUUCUCAUCACUGUCUUGGCACUGGUGGGCUGGCCUCAAGGCAACGGGGCCACCAGCGCCAGCCGCUGCACAGUCUACUGGAGCCCUGGGGCCCACAAGAAGGUUUUUGUGAUCAUCUUCAGCAUCAUCUGCUUUGUUCUACCCACCAUCAUCAUCUUUGCUGUUUACUGCAGUGUCUACCGCGUGGCCCGGAUGGCAUCCCUACAGCAGGUGCCCGUGCCGGCACAGGCAGUUGCACCGAGACACCGAUCUGACUCCAUCGCCAGUCAAGUGACCAUCAUCACCACCAGGAACCUGCCACUGCCCAGGCUGACACCAGAGCGCUUUUUGGGAAGCAACAAGGCCAUCCUCACCUUGGUCCUCAUUGUGGGACAGUUCUUGUGCUGCUGGCUGCCCUUCUUCGCUUUCCACUUGCACUCCUCUGUCACCGCUGGCACAGUGGGUGGUGGGCAUGGGGAGAUGGUGGUCACCUGGAUUGCCUACUCCUCCUUCGCCAUCAACCCCUUCUUCUAUGGGCUGCUGAACCGCCAGAUUCGGGAGGAGCUGGCCCGGCUCCGGCGCAGCUGUCUCAACCAGCCACUGGGCCAGGAGCUCUGUCUUGCCGUCUCGGAGGCUUCUGUCCAGGAAAACUUCUUGCAGUUCCUCCAGAGAGCGACUUGCACCCUGGAGACCCACGCCAGCUGCAUCAGCCCCAGCCCCAGGAACAGGCUGGACCAGACCAAGAUGGGCUUCCCCAUCCCAGGUCAGGUUCCUGAAGAAAGCAGCUGAGAAGCAGGAGGCCCUGUCCCACCAUGCUGGGCAGGAGGGUGGGCAGGGGACCUUCCAGGGACCCUUCAGACCUGCUUGGACACAGCCUCUUGCAUUUGGAGGGGUCCUUGUCCAGGUUUUGCCUUUUCUCUAAGCUUAUGGUGGAAGAUGGUUUCUCUGCCCGGGAGAAGGCAGCAGAUCUGGGGAAGCCUCAUCUCCCUUCUGCAGGCUGGGAUUGUCUCUGGCUCCACCAGCGCAGCCCAGUUGCAUGGACGGGCUCUCCUCGGGACACAGGAUGCCAAGGGGCUCCUACGCAGGGGCAGAGGAGGGGGCAUCUCCAUCUCCGUCACCCUGCUGGGACCACUCGUGGCCGGUGGAGAAGAGCAGAUGUCCCUUGCAUCCUACCCAGGAGCAAUGGCCCAGCUAACACCACUAACACCAGUAACACCAGGGCCCCAGGCACCCUGCUGAGCCUGGACAGCUGACAUGGAGCCCUCCACCCUUGGCUGUUUAACCCAAAACUAACAUCUGGAUGGAGGAGCUCCUGUCGCCCGUGGUCCUUAUCAGGGGGAUGGCACCCCUGGGGCUGGCUCUGGCCGUGUCUGUGUUUUUCCCGCUGGCGUGGCGGCAUGCGAUGCCCAUGGCCAUGCCUGGCCGUGCCCUCUGUCCCCCCCAGCUGGCAGGGGCUGCCCCUCCUGGGGGGGAUGCUGGUCGGCCAGGGGUCCACGCUGGGCUGUUUAUGGACACAGCUGCCCAGCUGAAGCCCAGCCCGUGGUGCCACGUGCCAGCCGAACCGGGCUGCCGGCCAGGGGUGCGCUGGGGUGGACGCGGUGGCACAGGGUGGUGGGGGGUGGCUGUACGGGGUGCCCCUGGGCAGCGGCAGCUGGA